ACAUGUGAUCCGAAAACACACACGCAUCCAAUUAGCAAUUUAUUCAAGGAGAGUGUUGCGAGAGCAACUCAUAUCUUCAAUUGCAUACAAACACUCUGAUUUAGCUUAAUUCUUACUUGAGCAUCAUUUAUUUUCCCUAUAAAAAGAUUCUAAGAAUCAUAUCAGAAUCCUCGCACGUCAAAUUGGAAUCAUAAUGCUCUCAUAAUAAACUAAUAGUUACGUGAUACGAAUCAAAGUCAUCGAUUUGACCAAUGAAAAAAGAAGGAAGAAAAGUAAUAUUGGACGGAGCAAAGAAAAAUACAGAUGGGAAUUUGGAGUUCACACACUCUCCUCGAAUCUGAACCCAUUCCGGGUUGAACUGACAGGCUAGCUUGAGACGUAUCUCUCAGCCAGUUGAAAAUGGCAAUCAUUUACAAAUUUGUACACAGUGAGAGAUAGAGAGACGGCCAACCAUGAAAAGCCAGUAACUGAAAUCUACUUAAACUAAUAUUUAUAUGGUGGGAAGUCCCAUAUAAUCCAAAGCUACGCCAUCUUCUUCUCCGCGCCUCAAGCUGACUGGCUUUACUGCUUCUGCUCCAGUUGACAUUUCAUCACAGUUUGAAACUCCCCAACAACUGAGGAACAAGGAGAGACUUGUCAUUUUGGUUGUGGGUGUUCUCUGUUUCUCUGUUUUUGGGCUUUAACAACAUGGAGUCUGGUGGCGGCACAAUGGCAGCCAACGGCGACGUUUCCAAGGAUUCCGGCCACGAACGUCUUAAUCAGCUCGGCUACAAACAAGAGCUCAAGCGUGACCUCUCGGUGGUUUCGAAUUUUGCUUUUUCGUUUGCGAUCAUAUCAGUGCUUACCGGUGUAACGACUCUGUACAACACUGGGUUGAAAUUUGGGGGCCCAGUUUCUAUUGUUUAUGGGUGGCUUAUAGCUGGUUGUUUCACCAUGGUUGUUGGUUUGUCCAUGGCUGAGAUUUGUUCUUCUUACCCAACUUCUGGGGGUUUGUACUAUUGGAGUGCCAUGCUUGCUGGCCCAAAAUGGGCACCCUUUGCUUCUUGGCUCACGGGCUGGUUCAACAUAGUUGGUCAGUGGGCAGUCACAACUAGUAUAGAUUUUUCACUUGCAACGCUGAUUCAAGUGAUGAUUCUCCUUAGCACAGGUGGGAAGAAUAAUGAUGGCUAUGAGGCUUCCAAAUACGUAGUUAUUUGUUUCCAUGGAGGAAUUUUGCUUCUACAUGCUAUCAUAAACAGUCUUCCCAUCUGGUAUUUAUCUUUCUUUGGACAGCUGGCUGCUGCAUGGAAUUUUGUAGGUGUCUUUGUCCUUAUGAUCCUCAUUCCCCUCGUUGCAACGGAGAGGGCUAGUGCCAAGUUUGUAUUCACUCACUUCAACACUGAUAAUGGCGAUGGAGUUAACAACAAAUUGUACAUUUUUGUUCUGGGACUGUUAAUGAGUCAAUAUACCUUAACUGGAUAUGAUGCAUCUGCUCAUAUGACAGAGGAAACCAAGAGCGCUGAUAUCAACGGACCAAAAGGAAUAAUCAGUUCCAUUGGAAUAUCUAUUAUUGUUGGAUGGGGUUAUAUCCUUGGGAUCACCUUUGCUGUUACCAACAUCCCAUCCCUUUUGGAUGAGAACAAUGAUGCCGGUGGUUAUGCCAUUGCUGAAGUAUUUUAUUUAGCUUUCAAGAGUAGGUAUGGAACUGGAGUUGGAGGAAUCAUAUGCUUGGGAGUGGUUGCUGUUGCCAUAUUUUUCUGUGGAAUGAGUUCAGUUACUAGCAACUCCAGGAUGGCUUAUGCAUUCUCUAGAGAUGGAGCCAUGCCAUUUUCACCAUUUUGGCAUAAAGUGAACAAGCAUGAAGUCCCCAUAAAUGCAGUUUGGCUUUCUGCUCUUAUAUCAUUUUGCAUGGCACUGACAUCGCUUGGAAGCCUUGUGGCGUUCAAUGCCAUGGUGUCUAUUGCAACCAUUGGACUGUACAUUGCUUAUGCCCUGCCCAUCUUCUUUAGGGUGACCUUGGCACGCAAGUCCUUCAUCCCCGGACCUUUCAACUUGGGCCGCUAUGGGAUCCUUGUUGGCUGGAUUGCAGUGCUUUGGGUGGCAAUCAUCUCAGUCCUCUUCUCGUUGCCUGUGGCCUAUCCAAUUAGCAACGAGACACUCAACUAUACUCCUGUUGCAGUUGGCGGUUUGUUAAUUAUCACAGUAUUUGCUUGGAUAUUCAGUGCUCGACACUGGUUUAAAGGUCCUAUAUCCAACAUAGAUGCAUGAAACUGUGUAUAUUCAGUGAUUUUUAUUUGUUGGAAACUUUUAUUGAAUAGAAUUGUUGUUCAAAGCAAAGCAUCAUGGAAAUUACUUUUUUUCUUUCGCAAAAGCAGAUAACUUAAUUUGUAUCAACUACACAAUCAUUGGUAAUAUACCAGAUCAGAGCAAUAGAGUCUCUCGAGUCAUAGUGGAGA